AUGGCCUCCCUUUCCUCGAUCGCCGGCACAGAUGCGAUAGCCUCUGGCACUGAAGUCGACGUUGUCGUCGUAGGUGGCGGAUUCUCAGGCCUCAAGUCGGCCUAUGAUCUGCAGCAGUCCGGCCUGAGCACCGUCGUCCUCGAAGCCAAGGAGGUGAUUGGCGGCAGGUCUCGAUCAAUAAAGCGACAGAGCGGCGAUGGCAUCAUUGAACUUGGUGCCACUUGGAUCAAUAACACCACUCAGCCGAGAGUCACAGCCCUCGUUGACAAGUUUGGAUUGGACACCGCGGUGCAAUACACUGCAGGUGACUCGGUCUUUCAAGGACCCGACGGUGAAGCCAGGAGGAUUCCUCCCGGUAGUCCGAAUGCCGGUAACGAAGAGGAUGCGGCGGUAGAAAUCAGUCUCCUUGGCAAAGUUACCGAGGCAGCCGAGGCGGUCAAUAUCACGUACUGGAAAGACUAUCCCGAAGACCAGGACCUUACAGUUGAUGAGUGGGUUGUCAAACAUGGCUAUGGGGACUCUUCGCACGCCCGCGGCCUCGCAGGUCACCUGGCAAGAGCUCUCGUGGGACGGGAGCCUCAUGAAACCGGCAUUCAUUACCUGCUAGACUACAUUAAAUCAGGCCUCGGAUUGGAGAGCUUGAACAGUGAGGACGAAGGCGGAGCUCAGUAUCUCAAGAUCAAACCGCCGUCUGAAACGUGUCGAGACAUAAUCCGAUAUUGCCGCGGUUGGCGCGUGCGUGGCCCAGCACCAGUUCUCGUAGGCCAGUCCGUAGCCUCGCUCCGCAAGAAGGUCAGCCAGCUCAGCCAGAUCUCCGGCAAGUUGGUCGACAUCUGA